AUGAAUCAAGAAAAUAAACCACCAUCAAACGAUUUCGAUCACGAAAGAUUAUCGUUUGUGACAUUUCGAAAAAAAUUAGAAAAUCAUGAUGAAGAUCAAUCAUCAAUUACACCUAAACGACCAUUACUCUUUCGAGAUCGUGGUGCAGAUGUAUUCAUUGAAAUUUCACCUCUAUCGGAUCGUAAUUCACGUCCAACAGAAACAAAACGGAAAUCAUUACCAGUAUCACCAUUGACAACAGUUAAAAAUGAUCAAUCACCAGUAUCCUUCGUUGAAAAUUGUAUGUUUAUUAUAAGUCCUCCUCAACCAAAUCGAACAACAAUUAUUGACGAUGAUGAUGAUAAUUCAUAUGUACCAGCAUAUGUUCAUAGAAAAGCUAAACCAGCACCAUCAACUACUUGGAAAUCAUCUUUUUCAAUUCAUAAAUCAUCAAAAACAAAUUUUGAAACUUCAACAUCUACUCCAAUUAUUCCACAAAGUCAAAUAGUUUCAUUUCAACCAGCUAUUCGACCACGUGUACCAUUCAAUUUAACAUCAACAAAUACUAUUGAUAAACAAGCACAUGCUUAUACAAUAUGGUUUAAUAGUCUUUUUACACCAGUUGAUUUUAUGAAUAAUCCAACAACAACAACAACUAAUCAAUCAAUAUCUAAUGAAAUAUCAACAACAAAAACAUUAAAAUCAUUAGCUGAAUCAAAUCGUUGGUAUAUAUUACGUGAUCGUGCUCGUGAAUUAUUUACACAUGAUAUACAAUCAAUAGCAACAAAAAUUAGUGCCGAUAUUGAUAUUGAUCAUUGUCGAAUAAAUCCAAAAAAUGAUUUAAAUUUUUCAGCACGUACAGUUAGUCGACAAUCAUUAUUAAAUUUUAUAUCAUCAUAUAAUCGUAUAUGGUUUCGUCUUGGGAUGGAAGUUUUAUUUCCAAUAAAUAUUGAAAAUUAUCAACAAAUGAAAUUAUCUAUUGAACAAUAUCUUAUACAAUCAAAUUUACAUACAUCACCAUCAAAUGAUAUUAAUUUUAAAAAAUCUAAUCAUAAUAAUACUAAAAUAGCAUCACAACAAAUACGUUUAACAAUUAAAAAUUUAAUAUUAAUUAUUAUAUUUCUUGAACGUGCAAAAUUAUUACGUUUAAUUGAUAAUGAUCCAUGUUUAUAUAUACGUGAAUCAAAAUUUAAAUCAACAAAAGAAUCUAUUGAUAUAUUAUCACGUGAUUUUAUUAGUUCAGAUACAAAUCUUAUACGUCGUCUUAAAUUAGCUGGUUUUGAACCAAUUUAUCGACAAACAUCAUUAGAUGAAUAUAAUUAUUUAAUAACAAAUUAUGAUAAUAAAUUAUUUGAUGAUUUAAAAGAUGGUAUACGUUUAACACGUUGUACACAAAUAUUAUUAUCAUCAACAAAUGAACAAGUUGCAAAAUUUGAUUUAUCAACAAAAUUAAAAUGUCCUGUUGUUAAUCUUGUUCAUAAAUUACUUAAUAUUGAUCAAGCAUUUGAAUUAUUACAAACAUAUGGACAUGUUAAUUUAAAUGGAAUUUCAAAUAAAGAUAUUAUGAAUGGUAAUAAACAACGUACACUUGAAUUACUCUGGCGUAUAUUUACUGUUUGUUAUUUACCUAAACAUUUAUCACCAAUUGAAAAAUUACAUAAUGAAAUAUCUAUUUUAACUGAAAAUUUAUCUAAAUAUAAUUGUCGUUUAAUUGAACAACAACUUCUAACAACAGAUAUAAUUCUAUUACAAAAACAACAUAUUGAAUAUACACCAUUAAUAUAUUUAUUAAUUAAAUGGGUACAACUUAUAUGUGCACAUUAUAAAUUUUGGUUAUAUGAUUUACAAGAAUCAUUUAUUGAUGGUCGUGCAUUUCUUUAUAUUAUUUCAUAUUAUUUACCAUCAUUAUGUGAUUAUUCACAUGAUAUAAAACAUUUAACAACAUUAGCAACAUGUCAAACACGUGAUGAACAUAUUCAAUUUAAUUUAGAACUUGGACAACAACAACAAUUAAUAAAUACAUAUGAACGUAAUGUUAAAUUUAAUUUUCGUUUAUUAGAAGAAUGUAUUAAACAAUUUGGUACAUUUUCAAAUGAACUUAUUAAAUAUGAAUAUUAUAGUAAAGAUAUACCUGAUGAACGUUAUACAAUAAUUGUAUUAUCAAUGCUUGCACAUGAUUUAAUUUAUACAAAUAAUAUACAAAAUGAUAAUAAUUUUCGUCAUCAAAAUAUAUUUGAAGAAUUAAAAAUAAAAUAUUCAAAAGAUGAUGAUGAUGAAUCAAUAAUUGAAAUAAAAAAAGAUGAAAUAAAUCAACAAGAUAAUUUAAUUAAUUCUUCAUAUCAAACAGAAAAUCUUUCUCAAAUAAUAGAUACAAAUUCUAUUUAUGAUGAAAUACUAAUAUCAACAACAAAAAUUAUUGAAGAUAAAUCACUUAAAUCAUCAAUAUCUUCUACAACAAUUAAUUUUCCAAUUGAAGAAUCAUUAAUAAAAAUUCAUUCAUUACCUAUAAUUCAAUCCGAACAAAUAAUAACAGAUGAAGAUGAAGAUAAUACUGAUGAAGAUACAACAAGAAUAACAAUACUUUCAUCAUUAUCACCAGUAAAACAAGAUUGGUCUUUUGUUGAACCACCAGCUGUUGUUUAUGAUCAGACAUUAUCUGAUUCUUUAUAUGCAUCACUUGAAACAAUGUUUACUUGUCAAACACCACCACGAAUACAAUCAUCAUCACUUAUUCAAUCAAUAAAUAAUGAUAUUCUUGAUCAUCUUGAAACAUUACCAGAAAUAAAUGAUGAAAAUAAUAUUGAAACUGAAACUGAAGAUGAAGAUUCAUUUAAUUCAGCACGUUCAGGUUCAACAACAAUAGAUCCACGUCGUACAUCAAUUAUAGCACAAACAACUAUACAAUCAUUUCAUGAUUUUGUUGAAUUAGAAAAAACAAUUGAAAAUAAUGAAAUAAAAAUUCAUUCUGAUAAUACAUCUUUAUUACUUAUUGAUGAAAAAACACCAUCUGAAGCUGAUAGUAUUGAAAUCAAUAAAAUAGAUGAUACUUCAUUUGCUGAUCCAAUUAAUACAAAAAUGAUUAAAGAAACAUUAACAUUAUUUUUAGCACAUCAACAACAAACACUUGAACAUGAAGAAUCAUUUUCAUAUAACAAUGAAUCUCUUGGACAAACACAAAAUGAACAACAAUCUGAACUUAUAGUCAAAUCAGAAGCUGAACGUGAAUUACAUGCAAUACAAAUUGUUCAGGCUUAUUGGCGUGGUCAUCAAGUUCGUAUUGAAAAUCAACGUAAUAAUCAUCCAAUAGUUGCUAUUCUUGAAAAAAUUCGUACAUAUAAUCCAACAAAUAGUUCAUCAUUAACAUUACGUGAACGUAUGAUGCAAAUUGUACAAGAAUAUUCUGAAACAUCAUCAUCAUCUCUUACUGCUUAUUUACAUUUUCUACGUGAUGUUGAACCUAUUGUUGCAUGUUGUCUUGAAAUACGUUAUUUAAUAGCUCAACAAGGUUUAUUACGUUUAUUUUUUAUAUUAAUGAGAUGUUGUAAUCGAAGUGGACCAUCAGCUGUUCUACUUAGUAAAGUCUUAAGUAUUUUACAAUUAUUUACUGUUAAACGUAGUCUUAUUAUGUCAUUAAUUGAUAAACAAGAACAAAUAAAAGAUUUUAUUAUGCUUUUACUUAAAUAUUAUCAAAAACAUCGUAGUGAAUUAUUUGAACAAAUUUGUUCAUUACUUGAAUCUAUUGUCAAUGAUGAAUAUGCACGAAAAAUGUUACGAUCAAAUAAAUUAUUUACCGAUGCUAUUGAAUAUGUUUAUAAACGUGUAUUUAAUAAAGCAUCAGCUGAAGAUGAAAAAUAUCGACAACAAAUACGAUCAACACCUAAACAAUCAACUGGUCCACAAACACGUCGAGCAACUUUAUUAAAUCAAUCAUCAAUUCUUUAUCCGACUCCUAAAAUGAUACGUCCAUCAAUUGUUCAAAAUGAAAAUAUAUUUAAAAAGAAUCUUAUUUCCAUGGAAAAAUUUAUGAAAAUAUUUUAUCAUGAUUAA